AUCGGCCCCAUGGCGGCCGCGUGGCCGGCGGUGAUGGCGGCGCGGCGGCGGCACGAGGACGAGGAGACGACGCGCGACAGCGUCUUCACCUACACCAACAGCAACAACACCCGCGGCCCCUUCGACGGCCCCAACUACCACAUCGCGCCGCGGUGGGUGUACAACGUGACGUCGCUCUGGAUGAUCUUCGUGGUGCUGGCGUCGGUGUUCACCAACGGGCUGGUGCUGGCGGCCACGUGGCGCUUCAAGAAGCUGCGGCACCCCCUCAACUGGAUCCUGGUGAACCUGGCGCUGGCCGACCUGGGCGAGACGCUCAUCGCCAGCACCAUCAGCGUCGUCAACCAGAUCUUCGGCUACUUCGUGCUGGGGCACCCGCUCUGCGUCAUCGAGGGCUACACCGUCAGCGCCUGCGGCAUCACGGCGCUCUGGUCCUUGGCCAUCAUCUCCUGGGAGCGCUGGUUCGUGGUGUGCAAACCCUUCGGGAACAUCAAGUUCGACGGGAAGCUCGCCGUGGCCGGGAUCGUCUUCUCCUGGGUCUGGAGCUGCGCCUGGACCGCGCCGCCCAUCUUCGGCUGGAGCAGGUACUGGCCCCACGGGCUGAAGACCUCGUGCGGCCCCGACGUGUUCAGCGGCAGCUCGGACCCGGGGGUGCAGUCCUACAUGGUGGUGCUCAUGGUGACCUGCUGCUUCCUCCCGCUCUCCAUCAUCAUCCUCUGCUACCUGCAAGUGUGGCUGGCCAUCCGCGCCGUGGCGGCGCAGCAGAAGGAGUCGGAGUCGACGCAGAAGGCGGAGCGGGAGGUGUCGCGCAUGGUGGUGGUGAUGAUCCUGGCCUACUGCUUCUGCUGGGGGCCCUACAAUCUCGCCUGCUUCGCCGCCGCCAACCCCGGCUACGCCUUCCACCCGCUGGCCGCCGCGCUCCCCGCAUACUUCGCCAAGAGCGCCACCAUCUACAACCCCAUCAUCUACGUGUUCAUGAACAGACAGUUCCGGAACUGCAUCCUGCAGCUCUUCGGGAAGAAGGUCGACGACGGCUCCGAGGUCUCCACGUCCCGCACCGAGGUCUCCUCGGUCUCCAACUCCUCCGUGGCGCCCGCCUAGAGCGGCCAAUAAAGAGCUCCGAGUCCUCCAGCGUCCCAUGAGCGCCUAUGGGGGUCCUCCAGUGUCCC